UCAUUCGCCUCUCUCCGUUUUCCUUCUCUCGUAACGGAAGAACAGUAGAAAAUCGCAUCCUCUCUCUCUCUAAUCCCGCCAUCUCCUCCUCCAUCUGCAAGAAAGAAGGAAAGAAUCCCUAACCCUAACCCUCGAAAGCAUCAAAAGACGAAAAUACACCCCCCCCCCCCCCACCUCUCUCUCUCUCUCUCUAUGCGCUCAUGCCUCUCUGAAAGGAUCUUCCCCAUCCUACCCUUACGGAAUCCCCCAAAAUGCCAACCCUAUCCCCAUCGAAGCCCGACCGUCCGAUCGUGAUCCGCAACGUCUGGGCCAGCAACCUCGCCAGCGAGUUCGACCUCAUCCGCGACGCCGUCGACAGCUACCCGUUCGUCGCGAUGGACACUGAAUUCCCCGGCAUCGUCCUCCGCCCCGUCGGCGCCUUCCGCUCCUCUGCCGACUACAAUUACCGAACCCUCAAGGCCAACGUCGACCUCCUCAAGCUAAUCCAGCUCGGCCUCACUCUCUCCGACGCCAACGGCAAUCUUCCCACCUGCGGGACUGAUGAAUCCUACAUCUGGCAGUUCAAUUUCCGCGAGUUUGAUCCUGCCUCCGACGUCUUCGCCAACGACUCCAUUGAGCUCCUCCGCCAGAGCGGCAUCGAUUUUGUGAAGAAUGCUAUAGAAGGCAUCGAGGCGGCAAAAUUCGCCGAGCUCCUGAUGUCGUCUGGGAUCGUGCUCAACGACGCCAUCCAUUGGGUCACUUUCCACAGCGGGUACGACUUCGGGUAUUUGCUCAAGCUUCUUACAUGCCAGAAUCUGCCGGACACGCAAGCAGGGUUCUUUGAGCUGAUCAAGGUGUACUUCCCAACAGUCUAUGAUAUCAAGCAUCUGAUGAAGUUCUGCAACUUCUUGCAUGGUGGGCUGAACAAGCUGGCUGAGCUGUUGGAAGUGGAGCGGGUUGGGGUGUGCCACCAGGCAGGGUCUGAUAGUUUGCUGACCUCGUGCACGUUCCAGAAGCUCAAGGAGUCGUUCUUCAAUGGGUCGACGGAGAGAUUUGCUGGUGUGCUGUAUGGGUUGGGUGUUGAGAAUGGGCAGACUAGUCAUUGAAAUGGAUAGGAAUGGGUAAAAUUGGUAAUGAUGCUUGUUUGAUUGCAUGUAGGUGUGAAAUUCCCAUUCGCCCUUUCUUUCUUUUUUCUUCUUGUCUCUGUGUAUAUCUUUUGCGGAAAAUGCUGUUGAUAGUAAUGAAUUUUCGUUUCUGUUCAUUUCCUGUUCUUCUACAUUUCUCGCAGAAUAAUCUUCCACUCCCCCUUUUUGUGGAUGCAAACAAAUGGGUGUAUUUAUGCGGUAGA